GUGGUUUAGCUGCUGGUUUGCUGGAGCACAUUGCAAACGUUGUGCAGAGGGGCGAGGAAGCACCUGCUUCCAACAAGGAGGUGGAGAAAAUGCUCUCAUGAAAACGUCCAACUGCAGUGGUUGGCACUGACACUUGUGCAGGAGGUUGGAUUGCUCUGAGAUUAUGCACAGGUUAUUUUGAUAGUCUUGUGAAGGGGGUAAACGUUCGCCUGAUGCUCUGUGGUUUUCCUUUUUUUCCCCAGGAGAGGCUAUGGUGUGACCAAAAACCAGUCAGAGUAAAUUAUGGAUUGCCUUUGUGGUAGAGUGGUUGUUACAGCUUAUGAUAAAUGUAGCUUUUCGGCUUUGCGUCAGCUGCCAUUUGUGUUUGAGCAAUGAUGAUCUUUGCUUCUGCAUCUGUGUCGCAUUUUAAUGCACCACAAACUGUUGCCAGAGUUCCCUGCGCCAGGAUGGGCGAUGUGGUUUUAUCAGACAGCCUCGGACCGCAAUCAGGAGCGCAGGAGCUAUGAGAAGACACCUCUGCUGGACUUGGAUUUGCUCGGUCGCAAGAUAGAUACAGCUUUCUAAGAGAGCAGUGACACACGCGUACAGACAAGCGGCAUCAUCAGUGGUAAAAAAGUUGGACUGAAAGUACACAUUCAGUGAGGAAACUGAUGCGCGUAAGAAGGGAUGCCAGCCAGGCGUGGCUUGUGUUUGAAUAUCCAAUGUGAGAAUGCGUGGGGAGUAUGUAUAUAAUAGAGUCUUUCCAUCUGAUAAACAGAUAUCAAACUGAUGAUUAUAGGCGAAGGACGAUCGAUAAAGUGAGAGGACGCUGCUGAUUUUGGAGGAGCACGGCGCGCUGGGUACGCUUUGGACUCGAGUAAAACUUUUUUCUCCCUCCUGGACUCACCGUACAUUUUAAAUGCCUUCGCUUAAUUUGACAGCUGUGCACACAAUGGCAGAGGUCGGGAGUUUUCUGGGGACGAUCGACUUGGAUUUACAAAGCUUUCCUGCACUCGGGAAUAUGCCCUUACCGGAGUCUCCAGUGGGCUUGAAUGAGCGGCUGGGGCAGAUUGAAGGGAGGCUGCAGCGGGGGUCGCCGACGGAUUUCGGGCACCUCAAAGGGAUCCUGAGGCGGCGGCAGCUCUACUGCAGGACCGGCUUUCAGCUGGAGAUAUUCCCCAAUGGGACUGUGCAUGGGACAAGACAGGACCACAGCAGAUUUGGCAUCCUGGAGUUCAUCAGUCUGGCAGUGGGUCUGGUCAGCAUCAGAGGGGUGGACGCCGGACUCUACCUCGGCAUGAAUGAGAAAGGAGAGCUCUAUGGGUCGAAGAAGCUGACGGCAGAAUGUGUGUUCAGGGAGCAGUUUGAGGAGAACUGGUACAACACCUACGCUUCAACUCUGUACAAGCACACGGACACGGGACGGUUCUACUACGUGGCCUUAAACAAAGACGGCUCGCCCAGGGAGGGCGGCAGGACUAAAAAACACCAGAAACUCACCCACUUCUUACCCAGGCCGGUGGAGAUUGAAAAGAUCCCUCAGGCGUACAGGGACUUGUUCCAGUACAGGUGACCAGUGCUUACACUUGGAGAACUGGUUACACUCGGAGGAACAGAAAUAAAAGGAGAGGAGGGAGAGAGUGUUGUGGAUAUUUUGGACCCGGUACAGAACUGUUUACCCUCAGCUCCCCCUGAGGUCACUGUGUUUGCGCCUCGGCCUACUGCCAAGCACUGACAUAAACAUUGUGCAUGUUCCUGGAUGUCUGCAGGAAAGUUAUCUUGUAAAACCACUGCAUGGACAUGGACGGAGGAGGCCCGCGUGACUGCCCAGCUGCUGGGUGAUCCAAUCAGGUGCCAUGUCUUCUCAAUAACCACUUUUUAGAGAUAAAUGCGUAGAUACUGAAGCGACAUGUAACGACAAACGGUUUUAAGUAGCAAUAAGCCGGUGGAGGGGAAUGGAUGGUAGACUAUGAAAACACCAAGAAGAGACUUUUUGGAGCUCCGAAUGACGGGAAGCACUUCAGAUUGUGCAUUCGUCAUGCACUAUACACAGUUAAAUGUAAGAAAGGGCACAUUCCACAUACACAGAGACAGAUGGCAGAGGAAGAAACUAUGUGCUACAUGCGUGUUAAGUGACAGGUUGGGAUAGUCAGGUACUAAAGAAGAAGAAUGUCUGUGAGGCAGAGAGCAAGCAGUUGCAAGGCGAACUGGAGUUUUAUUAAGUUGUCUUCAAAAUCAAAGAUGAAAGAGGGAAAUAAAAUCUCUAAGAUGAAUGUGUGAUAGAUGAAAGAGCACUUACUGCACAUCCCCAGUCCCAGCUGUAGGCUCACUCAGUCCCCUGCGUAAUCAUCAGAGUCUAACGGUCUCAUUCAUCACAUUUAAAUCAAAUAUCAAGCGGCGUCUUGUAGGAAUUGUACGCAAAACAAGCAAUUAAGCUCGGGACAAAAGCACUUCUCUGACUGUGGUUGUAAAGAAUUGUGAUGGGCUUUUUAAAGGAUGGUGACAUGUAAUGUUCAGAAUGUCAGGAACAUUACUAAAAAAUGCAAGCAGCUGAGGUGUACAUAUGGGUGAUCCUAUUUAUGAGAUGUACAAUAUAUUUAUUUUCUACAUAUAAAGUAUAAAUAUAAAUCUAUAUAUUUAUUUAUUGCAAAGACUUUAUUUUGUAAUGAACUUGAAGUUAUCUGGACUGUAGAUUCUACUGAAAUUACACAACACAAAAAAAACUGCAAUGAACAUGACAAUAAAAUUGUCCUGCUAUUGAGAACUCAUUGUGAGAGACUAUUUUUGCAUGGAUAAAAAUCUGAUGUACC